AUUACGAUCUCGCUAUAAUGUUAAUUACAUGUCAGUAGCCACUCAUCGUUGUACAAAACUGUCUACUCUCAGUCGCUAUCAAUCAUUUCCUGCUGUAAGAAGUGUUUACAAAUAAUAUCCGUACACGUUUGUUGGUGAAAAUAAGAUACGCUGUUGGCUACUCGAGGAAUCUAAUUUUGAAUAAUUUCAAGAUAAAUUAUUGUAACGCAGCGAUGGAAAGCAGAAAGGAUUUAAUAGUUAGCGUUAAAGAGGAGCCUCGUAACGAUUGGGAAGAUGUAGCUAACGAGUGUGUCGAUCCAGGGGUCUCGGUCAAAACCGAAAACUCUGAUGAAUCAUCGACGAAUGAAUCAUCGGAUGAAAUUUCGAUCGAAUUGGAGACCGAAAAUGUAAAACUUGAACCUAAGCCCUCAUUGACGACCAUCUGCCAAGCUACUGUAAAGGAAGAAAAUCCGGGGUUCUCGGUGAAAACUGAAAACUCUGAUGAAUCAUCGACGAGUGAAUCAUCGGAUGAAAUUUCGAUCGAAUUGGAGACCGAAAAUGUAAAACUUGAACCUAAGCCCUCAUUGACGACCAUCUGCCAAGCUACUGUAAAGGAAGAAAAUCCAGAAAAUGACUCGAAUGGAAAGAAGCUUACAAUUUUAAUUAAAAAAGGAUUCGAUUACGAGAAAAACCGUCAAUUUACCAUUGGAGAUAAAUCGAGUUUAACAAGACAAAUAGAAACGACGAAUAAGGACGAUGGAUCACUUGAAUGUAAAAUUUGUCAUAAAUCAUUUAGAUACCCAUAUCAACUUAAAAGACACGUUAAUCAAGUACAUGAUAAAAACAAAUCUUUCGAGUGUGACAUUUGUUACAAUACAUUUGCAUACCAGAGUCAACUUAAAACUCAUAUAAUGAGUGUACAUGAACGUACCAAACCCUUCGAAUGUGAGAUUUGUCACAAAUCAUUUGGACGAAAAUGGGUGCUCACUACUCACACGAGUGCAGUACAUUUGCGGAACAAACCCUUCGAGUGUGAAAUUUGUCACAAUACAUUUGGAUACCAGAGUCACCUUAAAGGACACAUAAGGGCAGUACAUAAUCGGAGUAAACCCUUUGAUUGUGACAUUUGUCAAAAAUCAUAUGGACGAAAAAGUCAUCUCAAUAUUCACAUUGAUGCAGUACAUAAUCAGAAUAAACCUUUUGAGUGUGAGAUUUGUCACAAAUCAUUUGGACGAAAAAGUCAUCUCAAUACUCACAUUGAUGCAGUACAUAAUUAGAAUAAACCUUUUGAGUGUGAGAUUUGUCACAAAUCAUUUGGACGAAAAUGGGAGCUCACCACUCACACGAGUACAGUACAUUUGCGGAGCAAACCCUUUGAGUGUGAUACUUGUCACAAAACAUUUGGACACAAAAUCCCCUUCGAAACGCAUAUGAGUGCAAUACAUAUGAGUAGCAGACCUUUUGAAUGUGAUAUUUGUCACGAAUCAUUUGGAUACCAGAGUGUACUCAAAUAUCACGUAAGAUCAACUCAUAAACGGAGAAAAUUUGAAUGUGAGACUUGUCACAAGUCAUUUGACCGCAAGAAUCGUCUCGAAAAUCACAUUAAUACAGUACAUAAGGAAAACAAACAUUAGAAGUAUGAAAUUUAUUUCAAAUUUGUAAUCAAACUGGUUAUACUCUAUGUAAUAUUAGAUAACUAUUGUCAUGAACAAUAAACCUUUUCAAACUGUUAUUCAUUUGGUCGUCACCGUGAAAAUCUUUUAUUAUUUUUUCAAACACGAACUCAAAUAUUAAUACGGUUUCACGUGCAUUUGUUCUAUGAAAUACCUUUGUUUUCAAAAAACGAACUUUCAACAUCCUAUUAAAUGGCUGAAUUUUUUUUCCAAGUAAUUGCUGCUCAUCAGAAGAUCCCCGCAUCGAAUCUGGAAUUAUUUUGACUGGCCUCCCAAAAUUGACGAACGCAAAGAUUUAACAGUUACAAAGGUCGAUGUAAAAGCUCUAUCUAAUUAUUUUGCAUCGGUCAAUCUACUUCGAUCA